ACAGGGCAGGUCGUGCAGGGCCUUGGGGAGGACUUGGGCUGUUACCCCAGGAGGGAGGGCGGGACCCUGGAGGGCUGUGGGCAGAGAGGGGAAGGGCCACCCUUCCCCUUGGUGUGGAGACCUGGAAACAGGUGGGCAGGGGUGCAGCGACCAGGGAGGACGCCCUGCCCGGGCAGGCAAUGACAGGACUGCGGCCACAAGCAGGUGGAAAUGGUGAAAGGCAGGCAGGUUCUGGAUUUCUUGUGAAUGUUUUAACGUGUAGUAAAAUGUGUGUAACAUUUUAAGGUGUACAAUCCUGUGGGUUUUAGUAUAUUUACUAUGUUGUGCUGGCUACCACCAUCUAAUUCCAGAACAUUCCAUCACCGCCAAAAGAAGCCCCAUCCCCAUUAUCAGUCACCCCCAUCCCCCUCCCAGCCCCUGACAACCAUGAAUCCACCCUCUGUGUCUAUGGAUUUGCCUGUUUUGGACGUUUCCCAUCAAUGGAAUCAGACACUGUUGUGCCCGGCUUCUCUCACUGAGCUUCGUGUUCUCCAGGUUGUGUCAGCGCGUCACCCCUUUCCGGGGCUAACGUUCCAGUGUGUGGAGGGACCCUGUGUUGGGUUUCUGUCCUGCGGUUGGUGGGCAUUUGGGUUGCUUCCGCUCUUUGGCUGUUGUGGAUCGUGCCACUGUGAACACGUGUGUGCAGAUUCUCGCGCUGGACGUAUUUUGGAAACAGAUGGAGGACUGGACGGGGUGGGGUGAGAAGGGAGGACCUGGGGGCUGCAGGGCUGCUGGCCUGAGCACCUGGAAGGGUAGGGCUGAGGUUGUGGAAAGGAAAUUCAGAAGCUUCGUUGGGUUUGGAGGCCCCCAUGCGGCUGUGUUGGGGGGCAGAGAAGAGGUGGGAGGGCUGAGCCCCAGGUCGGCCCUACCCAGAUGAGCGCCCGCCUCCUUCUCCAGCCUCUGCUCUCCCGGCUCGGCCCCUCAGCUGGGGGAGAGGCAGUGGCCUGGAUGGUGGCCAGCAGACCCAGCUGUUGCCAGGACUCCGGGCUGCCUUUGUAGCUGUCAACAAUGGCCCCGCAGGCCUUGGAGGCAGGAGCCCCCGGGCACCCAGAGGCAGACAUGCAGACCCUGAGGCAGGAGGCUGCCCGGCCCUACGUCCCCCGGGGGACCCUGGAAGUGAACCUCCCGGCAUCUCUCUACAGCAAUGACUACCUGUCCCAGGAGGGGCCCCGCCAGACACCGGCCAUCAAGCAGGAGAUGCGCUGGAAGUACACACCCAUGGGACGCGACGCGGCCGGCCAGCUGUGGUACACGGGCCUGACCAACUUGGACUCUCGAGAAGCCUGGAACAUGCUCCCUCGGGCUCUGGACAGCCCACACUUCGAGGCUUAUGCCCGCAGGCACGGAUGCCACGCCCGUGCAGAGAUGACCCCUGACCCCUACCCCACAGCCUACACCCAGCAUCUCCGGGAGACCGCCUGGUACGACCCCAUCAUCCCUGCGCAGUACAGGGGCCCCCGCACACAGUACGGGAGCAUGCUGUGGAAAGACAGACCCAACCGGGACGAGGAGUACGUGAUCCACAGACACCAAUUCGGGGUCAAGCCGCUGUGGCAGGCGUCUGACUACGGGCCAUACCUGUCGGCGCCCCAGCGCCCGCGCUACACCACCCAGAACUACCGGCAGUGGGACCUGGAACCCUGCUGCCCCUCCACCAACCAGCAGCCCCGGCUCGUCUACACGCCCAGUCACUGAUAAAGAUCUCGUGCUGCCCGGUGUGGCUCUUCAGGGACCCGGCGCCUCUCCCCCAAGGCAUCUGUCCACCUCUGGGGCUGGGGCCUGGGGAGGUCAGGCAGCCAGAUGAAGGGAGCUCUGAACCAGGACCCUAGUGACCAAGCUCCAGGGCAGAGUCAGACAGACGACCUCUCCUGCCCUCGGCUCCCUCUACCCCGGGCCCCAGGCCAAGGCACAGUCCUGGCCCCAGGCGGCUCUUUACUCACUGUCAGCAGUGGCCUGGGUGCAGGGAGCCGCACUUGGGGCCCCGGCGUGCUGAGCCUCACCAUCGCCACGGGCAGGGUCUGGGCCCAGCCCCCUAACCCUGAGGCUGGGGCUCCUGGCAGGCUCCGCAAUGGCUCUGUCCUCCAGGGCCUGGCGGCACCCGGUAGUAGCACCCAGGAGACCCUAGGCUGGCCGGGGCUGAGCUCGGGGCAGGCCCAGCACCCAGGAGCCUCACAUCCGGCCCCCACACAACACAGGGCACCCCGAAUCAUCCAGACAGCUGGGGGUGGGUUAGAGUCAGGAUUGGGGUACCCCAGACCCACAAGGACCCCACCAGCCCCUGAAUACCAGAGGGCCUAGCUCGGUGUCCCCGCCCUAGCGGGGAGAAGCUGCUGGUAUCCCGCCCACCAAGCCCCACCUGACCCCCCCGCAGCCAGGCAGGGAUGGGACAGACGCAGGAGUGGGAUCAGAGCAGCAAAGGGGCCGCUUGCAGGCCUUGUAGGGCAGCGAGCGUUCACAGUCGCGGUUAAUUUACAAAGGGUUAAAGGACCAUGGGGCGGUGUCAAGGUUGGGCUCCAGGGUGCCCUGCAAGAGAAGGGGGUGGAAGUGGGGUUAGGGAGGGCGGGGCCUGUCCUGGCCCAGACCUACACACCCAUGGCUGGUUUGGGGCUUUUGUGGGGUGGCGGGGCCUGCAACUCACAGCUCCGAAGGCGGACGGGCCAGACCAGGAGACUGCACAGAGCCAGGGUGGCGGCCACGCCCACGCCACCCGUCACGGCCACCAUCACCCAGUGGUAGAAGGCCACGCAGGCUUUGCAGCAGAGCUCUGAGCUGGGGGCAGGGGAAGGGCAGAAGGGGGGUGAGCAGACGCCUGUCGGUACCUUCCAGCCCCAGCCUGUACCUCCUGCUCCUCCCAUCUCAGCCGGGGCACCCCAUCUUUCCCCGCACUCAGGCCAGGACCAAGUGGUUGCCCUCAACCCCCUCCUCCCCUCCAACAGCUGAUACUUAAGUCAGUAAGGUCAGCUCUGCCUUCCAAGUCUACCCCAGACUGCCUGCCCAUUUCUCCUUCCUCAGGAUCCAGCCCCGUCACCACCUGCCCCCCCCACCAUCCUAGUCCCCUCCCUGUUCCCACCCUCCCUUCCCUGUCUGUCCUCCCCGCAGUAGCCGCCAGAGGGCGCCUGUGAGCACCUGACUCAGACCCCGCCCCUUCUGCUCACAGCCCUCCAGGGGCCCACCUCCCUUGGGGCAAAAACCCAAGUCCUCUUGUGGCCCACAAGGCCCUGCACGACCCAUCCCCUCCCUGCCCUCCCCUCCUCCCUCUCUCCACCUCGCUCACUGUGCUCUAGCCACAAGGGCCUCGUUGCUGUCCUUCCACCAUGCCAGGCACAGUCCUGCCCCAGGGCCUUUGCACGAGGAUGCUCCUCCCCAUACGCCUAGAACUCCCUGACAUCCUCCAGGUCUUGGGUCCCACGUCACCUCAAGGCAGCCCUUCCUGACUUCUCGCCCCAGUCAGGCCUCCCCAAGUGGUGUCCUUCACACCCUUUGUACACAUUUAUUCAUGAGAUGAUUCAUGUGGCUCGUGUUGUCCCCAGCUCCAUGAGGACAGAGGACCAGGCCAGCUUUCAGUCCCAAAUCCUGGGCUUCUACAGGGUGCAAACUCAGGUCUAGAACCAUCUGGGGCUGGAACCCUAGGUUCUGAGGGUCUGAAUUACAGGGAUUCCAGGCUCUCCCUCUGCCCUGUCUGCUCACAUCCCCCCGAUCCAUCUGUGUGUCCUCAGCACCCGGCCCAGGACAGACUGUUGGCUCAGUAAAUAAAUGGGUGCUCGAGGUGGGGAAUAACCCGGUCUCCCUGGCUGUGAGGCCACCGGGGCGGGGUCUUCUGUUCUCAUGGAAUUAGCAGACCUGGGGCAGCGCCUGGGGCACAGCACGGCCUCAGCACAGCUCAUUAAACGCAAGAACAAAUGGAUAGGGGUACUCACGAGCAGGGGUGCAGGCUCUGGAUGGCCAUGACUGCCAGCCCAUUGGCCACCUUGUCCAAGAAGCUCAUGGCGCCAUACACGAAGGCUCCGCUGUGCUGGGGGGGGCACGAGCAGGGGGUCAGCAUCCCAGGCCUCGGCCCUGGUCCCCAACCCCAACCCGGACUGGCUCAGCGGCCCUACCGUAUGGGGGCCGAUGAGGUCAGCUGUCAUGGCCAGCGAGGUGACGAGGAUGGUGGCACAGCCCAUGCCCAGCAGCACAGCCACCACAUACACAGCCACACCCAGCUCAUCUGCCAGUGCCACCCAGGCUGCGAAGGCCAGGAUCACCAGGAGGCCCACAAAGUAGGUCAUCUGCAGAGAGCCCGGCCCAGCAUCAGGCCCACCUCGCUGGGCAGCCCUGAGCCUGGCACUUGCCCUUUCUGAUCUUCAGUCCGGCCCCCAACCCCAGCAAAGGCGGGGCUUUGAGUUGGGUUAUCCCUAAGGAGCCCCCAGCUCUGACCUCAGAGGAUUCUGAGCCUCAGAGGUGCUCCGAGCUCCAGGGAGCAGAUGUUCUAGGGCUAUGCUGUUACAGCUGCCACUAGAGGUGGGCGGCUACUUGGGUCUCAACGCAACUCAAUUAAAAGGAAACAAAAUGAA